AUGGAGCUCAAAGUAUGGGUGGAUGGAGUCCAGAGAAUUGUGUGUGGUGUCACCGAAGUCACAACGUGCCAGGAAGUUGUAAUAGCCCUUGCUCAGGCUAUUGGUAAAACUGGCUGUCAGACACUUUUACAAAGAAAAGAAUCUAAGAAGCACUUGGUAGGACAUCAAAACCCCAUCGUGUCGCUGAACAAGUGGGGGCAGUACGCCAGCGACGUGCAGCUCAUCCUGCGCCGCACCGGGCCGUCCCUCAGCGAGAGGCCCACGUCGGACAGCGUGGCCCGCAUCCCCGAGAGGACUCUGUACCGGCAAAGCCUCCCUCCCCUGGCCAAGCUGAGGCCGCCCGGCGACAAGGCCAUGAAGAGGAGGGAGCCCAAAAGGAAGUCCCUCACCUUCACCGGGGGGGCCAAAGGGCUAAUGGACAUCUUCGGGAAAAGCAAGGAAGCCGAGUUCAAGCAGAAGGUGCUCAACAACUGCAAAACGACAGCGGAUGAGCUGAAGAAGCUGAUCCACCUCCAGACGGAGAAGCUCCAGUGCAUCGAGAAGCAGCUCGAGUCCAACGAGGCCGAGAUCCGCUUCUGGGAGCAGAAGUACAGCUCCAGCCUGGAGGAGGAGAUCCUCAAGCUAGAGCAGAAGAUCAAAAGGAACGAAGUGGAGAUCGAAGAGGAGGAGUUCUGGGAAAACGAGCUGCAGAUCGAGCAGGAGAACGAGAAGCAGCUGAAGGAGCAGCUGCAGGAGAUGAGGCAGAGGAUCCUGGAGUGUGAGAGCAAGCUGAAGGACUAUGUGUCUCAGAUCCACAGCAUGGAGAGUGGCCUCGAAGCAGAGAAGCUGCAGCGGGAAGUUCAGGAGUCCCAGGUGAAUGAGGAAGAGGUCAAGGAAAAGAUCGAGAAGGUGAAGGGUGAAAUUGAUAUUCAGGGCCAGCAGAGCCUGAGGUUGGAAAAUGGCAUUAAAGCUGUAGAAAGGUCUUUGGGCCAAGCGACCAAACGGUUACAGGACAGGGAACAAGAACUGGAGCAACUGACAAAGGAGCUGCGACAGGUCAAUCUCCAACAGUUCAUCCAGCAGACAGGAACAAAGGUCACGGUGCUGCCAGCAGACCCUGUUGAGGUGGAGGCCCCACAUGUGGAGCUGGAAAGAGAACCAACAUUUCAGUCUGGGUCUCUGAAGCGCCCUGGCUCAUCAAGGCAACUCCCGAGUAACCUUCGGAUUCUACAGAACCCCCUGUCAUCUGGUUUUAACCCGGAGGGCAUUUAUGUAUGACAGCACAUACCUCCUCUGGAGAGGACCUAGCAAGGUACCCUGGACAAGAUACACUUUUGGUUUAUUCUGCCAAUAAUGAAUGGAAGAAGGUUUGGGUUUGUUUUUUUUUGUUAAGCCACCGUAUUCUUUUUUCUUCUUCCUCCAACACACUACUUGGAGCCAUACCCUGUGCACUGAUGCUAGAGAGACAGAGAAGCUGUCUCGAUUCAUAAUUGGCAAGGAUGAACUUGCUGUCUACACAGCUAAGAGUGCGAAAACCUUUCUUUGGUUUUGCCAUUUCAGAAGUGUUUGGGAAAGUAUUGUUCCAUGUAUAGGAAUAUAUAAAAGACUGAGGGUGAAGGAAACCAUGUAUGCAACUUAUCUGAAGUUUAAUUUAUUCCCUUUAAUCAAUGGGCGUGUGAAUGUUGACCUUUUAUGUUUUUAUUUUUAACUUGUGAAUAGUCAUGUAUGGCUGUAUGUCUGUCUGACAAGGUGGCUUUAAUUUGCGUGUACAACCACCCACCAGUCGAUCAA